UACAAAAAAAUGAACGGUGCUUGAUCAGCGCUUACUUGGCCCGGGCCUAUAAAAGACCUGCUCAUCAUCAUCAUCACAGGGAACGAAAACCCGCCAAGCACGCACGCGCACGCGCACGCUCAUGAGAAGCUUGCCGCUGAUCGACUAGCUAGAGCAGGUGCCGGGCAUGGAGGACACGACGGCGACGCUGGCGACGGAGCUGGACGGGCUGCUGGCCAUGGCGAGGGAGCUGGAGGAGAGGGUGGGCGGCGACCAGGGCGCGCCGGGCGCCGCCAGGGAGCUCUGCGCCGAGCUGGCCGCGUCCGUCGACCGUGCCGUGCGCCUCGCUGGGAGCGGCCCGCGCGGAGGCAAUGCCGGCGGCAGGGCGAGAGUGAACGGCCAGCACAGGGGCGGCAGGAAGGCGGGGGCGGUCAGGGCGCAGGUGCGGGUGGCGUCGAUGCAGGACCUGGGGUCGCUCGACGACGGGCUCAGCUGGCGGAAGUACGGCCAGAAGGACAUCCUCGGCGCACCGUACCCGCGGGCCUACUUCCGGUGCACGCACCGGCACUCGCAGGGCUGCCAGGCCACCAAGCAGGUGCAGCGCGCCGCCGCCGACCCGCUGCUCUUCGACGUCGUCUACCACGGCGCGCACACCUGCGCCCAGGCCACCGCUGUCCUCGUCGGCACAGAUCAGCAGCCGCCUGCUUCCUUGGGCCAGGAACAGCAGCAGCAACAGAGCUCGCCGGCUGAGGCGUCGGAAGGGAUGCAGUGGCCGGCAGAGCCCUUCACGCCGCCCUCGUUCCCCUCCUCGCCGGCCGGCUGCUACACGCCGGGGAACUCCUGGUGCCAGCUUGCCGGCAACUACGGCUACGCCGCCGGAGGCGGCCUCGGGGCUGACAUGGACUUCGACGAGCUGUUCUGGAAUAUGUAGUUUUUCUAACCGGAGUUUCAGAAGACUGUAGGCGCCGUGUCCACUAUCCUACUGUAUUCCCACUAGUACUUAGAUUCAGACUCGUGAUCAUUUAUCGCAAUGGAAGCUAUAUAUCUGCAGUAGAUAUAGCACCAUCACUAGUAGAACUGUAGUGGUCAUACACUGGCCACUGCAAUAUACUCCCUCCUUACAGAGAGAGUAGUAUUAUGGAUCAGCACAUGCACAAAGCCAGUCUGUGCAGUUUAUUACAGCAUCAGGGGCUUCAUAAGCUAGUUGAGCAACAGAAAUGUACACUCACUACAGUACAAUGUCAUCACUAGAUGCACCAGGAAAAGGUUCUCAGGGAUUUACAAGCACCAUUUGGGGGAACUGGUGAGAGUACCUAUACUGAACUCUUCUCCUUGCUGUCCUGAGGAGCUUCAGGACUGCUCUCCUCUGCUUUGUCCAGGUUCCUCAAGGCUCCCCUCAGCCCAAGCACAAUGAAUAGAUUGGUAAGGGUGAGAAGCGAUUCCGCCGUCCCAUGCAGCAAA